CAGUGGUGUUCCUGGCCGUCUCCAACAGCCUCCCUCUGACCUCUGACCUGAUGCCGGUGGCAGCAGCGGUCUUCAUCGCUGUGUGCGCCCGUCUGCGGAGCGUUGUCGUCGUCCGCCAGGUGUUCGGCCCUCCUCAUGUUUCCCAGCAUCCUCGGCUCCCGCGGCCAAGCCUACCUGAUGCUCUUCAUCCUGUCGGUGCUCUACAGCGGUCCAGUUUUUAACAUCCAGCGUAACGUGGAGACGGCUGCUCUGUCUCUGAGCUGUAAUCUGGACCUGCAGGUUCAUCACAGCAAGUUGCUAUGGCGACACGCCAUCAGCCCGUUCAUCGCCAUCACACAGGAGCUCAUGGAUGACGAACCAGAGUUCCAGUCGGAGGCUCGCAGCGUCAGCAGCAAGUUUCAGGACAUCCGAGACCAGGUCUUCCUUCAGUACGGAUUCGACCAGUUCAAACCAAAAGACGCCGCCACAGGGAACAGCACUCAGGAGCAGUUCACCUUCAAGACCAGGAUGCAGUGCGACAGUGUGGUGAAUGAGGGCGUGCAGCGAUGUGCUGAUUGGUUCGGCAGCAGGUGGGCGGAGUGUAUGCAAGCGAUCCCUGUUCCUGUCAUCAACCACGUCCUCUGCGUCUCCAUGAAGUUCAACUUCCUGUGUGAUGUCAUGAGAGUGAUGACCCCGUGGUGCAGAGAACAGAUCCCCAUCGAGGGAAACUUCGGUCAGCUGUUUGAUCAGCUGAACCGGUCGGUCAACCUGCUGUCCAGAGAGUUCAGAGCCAAGCUCAUCCUGAAGGAGCAGCAGCAGCAGCAGGCGGUGCUGGGUGGAGUUCUGCUGGGUCAGAACAUCACUCAGGCGGUCCGAGAAUCCUUCCGCAGCCUGACAACCACCAUGGAGCAGCUGAACACCAUCCUGCAGCAUCUGCUCUCCUUCACCUUCAUCGCCAUGUUCACUCAAGCGUUUGGUUACCUCCGACAGUACAGGAGGGACGUCCGAUUCGACAACGUCUACAUCACCACCUACUUCAGACAGAUCGACGCCCGCAGGAGGAGAGCGGGGAAGCGCUGCCUGCUGCCGCUGAAAAAGUCCGAGAGGAAGCAGUUCAUCGAGCCGUGCAGCCUGAAGAUCCACCCUGAGGAGCUCAAGCGAGUGAGCUCAGGUGUGUUUCAGCUGCUGUCCGUCUCCCUGCUGUCCUUCGUCCUGCUGAUCGUCGACUUCUCUCUGUUCCACGUGUUGGACAUCGUCAGCAGACACACCUUCACCCAGUUCAACCUGACCAGUAGUCACCAGGUGGACAUUAAAGUGGGCGGAGCCUCCAUGAUGGCCCGCCUCCUGAGGAAGAUGGUUUCAGCCUUCAACAGCUCGUCCAGCCUCAGCUUCCACACAGACAACCGGGGUAGGUCAGACAGACAGGCAGACAGAGGAGACAGAGGAGAUCCCUUUCCUUCACUUCACUCUCCUUCUAACAGUCCCCACAGGUUUCCUGGUUUCUGUGUUUUCUCUUCUGGGAGGGAGAAGAAGCGAGUCUUGUUUCUCUACAACCUGCUGAUCCAGCGACAGAUUUCCUCCCUUGACAGUGAAGGCACCACCAGCAGAGGCCAGCGGAGCAGGACUGUGAGUGGAGUCCUACGGAGGCUGAUUUCCCCCAGUGACAUUGAAGGCACCACCAGCGGAGGCCAGUGGAGCAGGACGGUGAGUGGAGUCCUACGGAGGCUGAUUUCCCCCAGUGACAUUGAAGGCACCACCAGCGGAGGCCAGUGGAGCAGGACGGUGUUUCAGCGUCUACGGCGCUACGGACGCCGUCUUUAUCGCCAUCUCCAGCAGGAAGUGUCGGACUCACAGGUGACCCACUACGACCCCGCUUAG